AAUCACGUUGUUCUAAUAACCUGUCCAUUUCGCAAUUGCCCGCCGAUAUUCAUCUUUAAUAUUCAGUUCUGCUACGAACAACAAAAGUGAACACACGCAGCAUUAGUUAACACUAACCCGAAGAAGUUUAUUCGAAUCAAAUAUUAAGAAUGAAAGCACUGGUGAUAGUCUUGCUGUUUAUGGGUUAUGUGGCAUAUAUAGUAAAGGCAGACGAUGCAAGUCAAUUAGGCCCAGAGGAAAAACACACCCUUCUAGACGAGGAAGAUGAUAAAAUAUUCAAACCAAAUGUGAGGCAAAAAUGUGCCCGCCAGUAUGAAGACUGCAGUGUUUUGGAUUGCUGCAAUGAAUGCACCCGUUGUUCUUGCGACAGAAACGGCAGAAAUUGCAGGUGCACGGGAAAGAGUGACCUGGCCAUAUUUUUGGGAUUGUGCAGAGGAUAAAAAUUUUUCUUUGUAUUAUCUAAGAGACACAUUGAAUUGCAAAGGAAUGUUAUUAUGUAAUAAUAAAUGUAGUUUUAUACAGUGA